AUGUCAGCGCCAGGAGGCCCUUCAUGGAUGUCUCGCGCCACGGCCAAGGCCGACCUGCUGCUCUGGUUGGGGCUUGUGUCCAUCUGUUUGGCCGCCGUUGAGGCCCAGCAACACCCUGUGGUCACCACCAAUUACGGGAAAUUGCGGGGGGUCAAGGUGACGUUGCCUAAUGAGAUUCUGGGACCUGUGGAGCAGUAUUUAGGGAUCCCCUAUGCGUUGGCUCCCACUGGGGAGAGGAGGUUCCAGCCGCCGGAGUCACCUAUGUCCUGGCCGGGCAUCAGGAAUGCUACUCAGUUUGCUCCAGUUUGUCCUCAGUUCUUGGAGGACCGCUUUUUGCUCAAUGAUAUGCUUCCCGUGUGGUUCACCGCCAACUUGGAUACAGUGGUUACCUAUGUGCAGGAGCAAAACGAGGACUGCCUUUACCUAAAUAUCUACGUCCCUACAGAGGAUGACAUCCAUGAUGAGAACGGGCUAAAACCAGUCAUGGUUUACAUCCACGGAGGCUCCUACAUGGAAGGAACCGGCAACAUGAUCGACGGCAGCAUCCUGGCAAGUUACGGGAACGUCAUCGUCAUCACAAUCAACUACCGACUCGGAGUUCUGGGGUUUCUAAGCACAGGAGACCAGGCAGCCAAGGGGAACUAUGGACUGCUGGAUCAAAUUCAGGCUCUCAGGUGGAUUAAAGAAAAUAUCCAGGCCUUCAAAGGAGACCCUAAGAGAGUGACCAUCUUUGGCUCGGGUGCCGGAGCAUCAUGCGUCAGCUUACUUACCCUCUCACAUUACUCAGAAGAUCUGUUCCAGAAAGCCAUCAUCCAGAGUGGCACGGCACUGUCCAGCUGGGCGGUCAACUACCAGCCUGCCAAGUACACACGAGCGCUGGCUGAGAAGGUGGGCUGCAACAUGCUGGACACCAUUGACCUGGUGGAGUGCCUGCAGAAUAAGAACUACAAGGAGCUGAUUGAGCAGUACAUCACGCCGGCCAAGUACCACAUCGCCUUCGGCCCCGUGAUCGACGGCGACGUCAUCCCCGACGAUCCCCAAAUCCUCAUGGAGCAAGGAGAGUUCCUCAACUACGACAUCAUGCUGGGGGUAAAUCAGGGCGAGGGCUUCAAGUUCGUCGAUGGCAUCGUGGACAGCGAGGACGGGGUGUCAGCCAACGACUUUGACUUUGCCGUGUCGGACUUUGUGGACCAUCUGUACGGCUACCCAGAGGGCAAGGACACUCUGCGCGAAACCAUCAAGUUCAUGUACACGGAUUGGGCAGACAAGGAGAACCCGGAGACCCGGCGCAAGACCCUGGUGGCUCUGUUCACCGAUCAUCAGUGGGUGGCUCCGGCGGUGGCCACGGCCGACCUCCACGCCCAAUACGGCUCGCCCACCUACUUCUACGCUUUCUACCACCACUGUCAGAGCGACAUGAAGCCCAGUUGGGCUGACUCGGCCCACGGCGACGAGGUGCCCUAUGUCUUCGGGAUCCCCAUGAUCGGCCCCACAGACCUCUUCAACUGCAAUUUCUCCAAGAACGACGUCAUGCUGAGUGCUGUCGUCAUGACCUACUGGACUAACUUUGCUAAAACCGGGGACCCAAACCAGCCAGUUCCACAGGAUACAAAGUUCAUCCAUACAAAGCCCAAUCGUUUUGAAGAGGUGGCCUGGACCAAGUACAACCCCAAGGACCAGCUUUACCUUCACAUUGGCUUGAAGCCUCGGGUCCGAGACCACUACCGCGCCACCAAGGUCGCUUUCUGGCUGGAACUGGUUCCACAUCUCCACAACAUCAACGAGUUAUUCCAGUAUGUAUCUACUACCACCAAGAUACCCCCGCAAGACACCACCCCCUACCCCUACACUAAACGUUUCCCAGGGAAGAACAAUUGGCCCUCAACCACCCGCCACCCAGGGGUGCCCCCCGCUAACACCAAGCAGACCACGGACCAGCGCAAAAGUGGCGACCUGACAGAUGAGUCGGCUGUGGUGAUCGAGACCAAGCGGGACUACUCCACUGAGCUCAGCGUCACCAUCGCCGUGGGCGCCUCACUUCUCUUUUUAAAUAUCCUGGCCUUCGCCGCACUCUACUACAAGAAGGACAAGCGGCGGCACGAGUCCAACCGGCGAGUUCCCACCCCGCAGCGCAACUCGACGCCGGCCAAUACACAAUCCGCCGCCAACGACGUGGCCCACCUGCAGAGUGAAGAGCUGAUGUCUUUGCAGAUGAAGCAGCAGCAGCUGGAGCACGAACACCACCACGAAUGCGAGUCGCUGCAGGCCCACGACACACUGCGUCUUACCUGCCCGCCCGACUACACACUCACUCUGCGUCGGUCGCCUGACGACAUCCCCCUGAUGACACCCAGCACUAUCACCAUGAUCCCCAACUCCCUGGCUGGCAUGCAGCCUCUGCACAAUUUCAAUACCUUUGGUGGCAGCCAGAACAGUACCAACCUGCCCCAUGGCCACUCCACCACUCGGGUAUAGCUCCGCUGGGACAGGAGGGCACCGGUCCCGAGCUUUUCUGGAUCAGUUGGGCCUGGCCGGCACUAUUCUCACAUGGAAAAUAUGAGUGACUGACUGUGUGAAGCACAGACUCAAAAGUCUCAGCGGAUGAGAUGCUAUUUUGCUACCAUGCCUUCUUGAAAAGUAUAUAUAAAAUGAAUAUGAACUUCUCAUGAAAAUAUAAACAGUGAAUGUUACCAUAGUAAUACUGUAUUUGGAGCUAAGCUUCAUGGAAGGUUUCAAGGAGUUUUACCAAAAGAACAGGCAACCAGGGGAUGACUGUUAAUAUCCUUAGAAUACAAUCUGAACGGUUUUAGUGUUGACAAAGAAGCCUUUUCAGAGGCUUUUGUGCCAUAAAAAUACAUAGUUGGAGAACAGUGGCAACAGUUGCUCAAAAGCAACAACUGAACAAUUGAACAGCAACACAUCAUCCUGUCAUGAUCCGCCAUGUGUUAUACACCCAACUUGGGCACAGAAUUUCAAACUCCCCCAGCCUGAAAUGUAUUUAUGAAAACUUUGUAAAAAAAAGAAACAAAAAAGGGUAUAUAGUUGUGAGUGGAAAUUUAAAAACAGAACAAAACAAA